ACUUAUUUAUCAUUCAAAAAUUCGCUUAUUCGGCAGUUUUCAUUAGAUUGCGAAGCGGUGCACUUGGCUCACUCAGGUGUCAAGGAUAAUCAGUAUUAACUAUUCCCGAAUGUCCUUCGGCUUAAAUCUUAUUGCGGAUACGUGAAAUAUGUCAAUCGUAAAGAAGUUAUCCUUCGAUGCUGGCUGCGAGGAAAAGGAGAAGUACACGGCUCAGAAUGGCGAGGAUUUCUAUGGCCAAGUUCACUCAGUCGACAUGGAUAUGGCCAGCAAGUACUCCAAACCAAAGGAAGCCCACUGGCUAGUGCGACGUAUUUUCUUCCUGAGUUGGAUUACCUCCUAUGAUCGAGAACGAGCCUUUGCGGAUCUGAUUGCCGGCAUUACCUUGGGUCUGACCAUUAUUCCCCAGAGUAUCGCCUAUGCCGCACUGGCUGGUCUCUCCUCCGAGUAUGGACUGUACUCCGCCUUCAUUGGAUCCAUCAUAUAUGUGUUCUUCGGCACGAUACCCCAGGUUUCGAUUGGACCAACCAGCCUGAUGGCCAUUCUCACGUUGCAGUUCUGUGCGGAUAAACCCGUACAGGUGGUCAUCGUUUUGGCAUUCCUCGCUGGUUUGGUGGAACUGGCCAUGGGUGUCUUCCAACUGGGAUUCAUUGUGAGCUUUAUUCCCGCUCCGGUGACCAAAGCUUUCACCUCGGGAACAGCGCUGAUCGUGGUGUUUGCCCAGAUCAAGAAUCUUUUGGGUGUUCGCCUCAAGGGAUUUCCCUCGAUUGGCGAGUUUUUCACCAACAUUCGUCCCACGGAUGCGGCUAUGGGAAUAUCCUGCAUGGUCGUGCUGCUCUUAUUAAGGCUCCUAUCGCAAGUGAACUUCAAACAGGAUACACCAGUUACCCGUCGUUUGAAGAAAAUCCUGUGGUACAUCAGCAUAUCUCGCAAUGCUCUGGUUGUCUUCUUCACCGGUCUGAUUGUUUUCAUUUGGGUGCACAAGAGUUCCAUGGAGGCGGUGCCCUUUGCCCUUUCCGCAAAGGUUUCCUCGGCCAUGCCCACGAUUAAAUUGCCGCCCUUUGCCUUCGAAUACCAAAACCGCACUUAUGUAUUCACGGACAUCUUGCAUGAACUGGGCAGCGGAAUCGUUGUGGUGCCAAUUGUGGCAGUUCUGGCGAACGUGGCCAUUGCCAAGGCCUUCGUCAAGGAUGGUAAUCUGGAUGCCUCGCAGGAGAUGCUGACUCUCGGUCUGUGCAACAUAGCCGGUUCCUUCUUUAGUGCAAUGCCCACUUGUGGUGCCUUUACCCGCUCGGCGGUGAGUCAAGCAUCAGGAGUUAGGACUCCAAUGGCCGGCAUCUACACGGGAUUGAUAGUGCUCUCCGCACUGAGCAUUCUGACCCCGUAUUUCCAGUACAUUCCCAAGGCUUCCUUGUCCGCCGUUCUAAUUGCAGCAGUCAUCUUUAUGAUUGAUCUGGCCCCGGUAAAGGAGCUUUGGCAGCUGAACAAAAAGGACUUCUUCAGCUGGGUGGGCAGCUUCAUCAUCUGCUUGGUUGCCGGCGUGGAGUUGGGCCUUCUCUUCGGAAUUGUUCUCAGCAUGGUGUUUAUUUUGUUGCGCCUGGGCAAUCCCAAAUUCGAAGUCAACCUGAAACAGCAUGAAUCCACAUACUAUAUCCAUGUGGUGCCCCAAUCGGAUAUCUACUACACAGGAGUGGAUGCACUCAGAAAUGAGUUAAGAGGAGCCUGUCGAUUGUAUCGCCACGAUUUCCCAGUGGUUCUCGAUUGCACCCGCUUCAUGCAGUUCGAUGCCACCUUCAGUGAAAUGCUAAUCUCAGUGGCCAAGGAGAUGGCCGCCGACGAUGUCCUGCUGAUCCUGCAGAACAUGAGCCUGAAGGUGCAGCAAAUGCUGCCCGUGAUGAGCAAUGUGCGCUUCUGCCAGGAAGACAGCCAACUUUCGAGCUAUUUGCAGACUGAAAAGGAAGCAACUUUCUCGGAUGCCAAGCUGUAAUCACUCCUAUCUAAUGCCAGUUCUCCUCAGUCUGUUUGAUCCGGUUUUGUCAUAGGACGUCAUUGGAAUUAUCUCCGGAUUUGCUACCGCUUGACGCUCACACGAAAAAUUGCGCAAUUAAGCAGUGGCAGCUAGUUAAGUGCUUAGAUUUAGUUGUUUAGUUAGCGACUCUGUAAAUACUUAUAUGCAUUAUUAAAAAUACAGCACUACGAAUAUAUCAAGAUAAACCGGAGGAAAGUGUUCUGCAAGCGGAGAUAAACAGGUGGCAUAAGACCCCAUAAAACAUGCCUCGUGCCGCGGCAUUCAAGCAUUCAAGAUAGAGCGAUCACACAGGGCGUAUGAGUAAUGCCGCGCCUCAUUAAUUCAAUUGAAAUGCCGGUUGCUCGGUUUUUUUUUCUUUGAAAUUGUUGUUUAAUUAUUAUUUUUUUCGCUUUUUGUCGUUCAAUAAGGAAAUUAUAAUUUAUAGAAAAAGUAUAAUAAUACAGUAUAACAAUUUAGUUGGUUUUCAUUUGUUUUGUUUAUCCAUUUCAUAUUGCCAUUAUCAUUGUGUUUGCCAGUGUGUGUGUUUUUAUGGGAAUUUACUUUCAAUUAUUCUAUAUUGUUUGCUUUGUUUCCGAGGCAAUAAACUGUUCUUGUUGUAUACUUGUAUAGGUGUCUAGUAAAUGAUUAUAGAGUGUGUCUGUCUGUAUCUGUAUUCUGUAUCUGUUUGUGUGUGUUUGUGUGUAUUUCCGUUCGGUACCCCGCAUUCCGGAUGCGAUAUCUGUUUCGGAUGCGCGGACUUUACGGCUUCGGUGGACGCCGAAGUUAGGCUUGUAGAUUGUAAUUGUCUAUCCGAUGUGGCUGAAUAAUACAGUGACUUGAUUGUUAGAUUUGAAUCAUCGUUAUUUACGUGGGAAAAGUUAACGCUUGUUGUUUCGAGAUCGAGAUCGGUAAGUCUUCUCCAUUCGCCCUUUUAGCAUUGCUGGCCUCUUCCGAUUCCUACUACUUGUUUGCCAGUUUACAAUUUACAGUGUUCAAUUUUGGUUGCAGUGUAACUAUGUGAUAAGUGGUAAGUGUGUGUCUAAAGUAAUCAUUUGCUCACAAUUAUUUGUUUGCCGGCCAAGCACAUGUACAUAUGCAACUCUAUGCGCUCUUUAAAUAUGCCUUGUUUAAUAUAUUUGUUUGGUAAAUUUUGUCAUUAAUAUAUUUUUGUUUUGUUUCGUUUAUCUUUAUACUCUUCAUUUCUUGAAUGUUUUGUAUAUUCGUAAAGCAAGAGGUACGCGAUGUAUUUGUUUUUGUGUAUGCAUUUGUAGUGUAUGAGGGCUGAGUCAAAAAGCAACUAGGAAAUAGUUGAGUGUCCUUUCUCGAACCGGAUUAAAGCGAA